UGCACGGUUCACAUCAUGGCCGCCGGAUCCGGGACGGCGGGUCCUGCUUCCGGAUCGGGCGUCGUGCGUGACCCAUCGGCGUCACAGCCGAGAAAGGGGCCCGGCGGCGAGAGCGCGCGGCGAUCGGGCACGAUGGCGGGAGGAGGCGGGAGUAGCGACGGCAACGGGCGGUCGGCGGGUCGGCGGGCAUCCCGCAGCGGCGGGCGGGCCCGACGGGGGCGCCACGAGCUGGGGCUGGGGGGCGCCGCGGAGCGCGGCGCGGGGGAGGCGAGGCUGGAGGCGGCGGUCAACCGCUGGGUGCUCAAGUUCUACUUCCACGAGGCGCUGCGGGCCUUUCGGAGUAGUCGGUAUGGGGACUUCAGGCAGAUCCGGGACAUCAUGCAGGCUUUGCUUGUCAGGCCCUUGGGGAAGGAGCAUACCGUGUCCCGGCUGCUGCGGGUUAUGCAGUGUCUGUCUCGCAUUGAAGAGGGUGAAAAUUUAGAUUGUUCCUUUGAUAUGGAGGCUGAGCUCACACCCCUGGAAUCAGCUAUCAAUGUGCUGGAGAUGAUUAAAACGGAAUUUACACUGACAGAGGCAGUGGUCGAGUCCAGUAGAAAACUGGUCAAGGAGGCUGCUGUCAUUAUUUGUAUCAAAAACAAAGAAUUUGAAAAGGCUUCAAAAAUUUUGAAAAAACAUAUGUCCAAGGACCCCACAACUCAGAAGCUAAGGAAUGAUCUCCUGAACAUUAUCCGUGAAAAGAACGUGGCCCAUCCUGUGAUCCAGAACUUUUCCUACGAGACCUUCCAACAGAAGAUGCUGCGCUUUCUGGAGAGCCACCUGGAUCACGCAGAGCCCUACCUCCUCACGAUGGCCAAAAAGGCUUUGAAAUCUGAGUCCGCUGCCUCAAGCACAGUGAAGGAAGAUAAAGAGCCAGCACCAGAGCCUGUGGAAAAGACACUCAGAGAACCUACAAGGGAGCUACAGAAUACUCCAACCACCUUUGGGAUUAUGACUCUGAAAGCAGCUUUCAAGGCCCUAUCCAGUGCGAAGGAUUCUGAGGCAGCCUUCUCAAGACUAGACCAGAAGGAUCUGGUACUUCCUAAUCAAGCAUCUCUACCAUCCUCAGCCCUCAAAAACAAGAGACCAAGAAAAAAUGAAAGUUCAGCCCCUGCUGAAUGUGAGGGUGGCUCUGAACUGCAGCCCAAGGCCAAGCGCAUGACAAUAAGCAGAUUGGUUUUGGAGGAGGACAGCCAGAGUAUUGAGCCCAGCACAGGCCUCGACUCUUCCCAGGAGGUCGUUCCAGCAUCACUAUCCAAGCCUGCCGCACUCAACCAACCCCUUCCCAAGGAGAAGAAUCUCAAAGUACCCAAAGGCAAGUGGAACAGCUCUAAUGGGGUUGAAGAAAAAGAUACUUGGAUAGAAGAGGAUGAACUGUUUCGAGUUCAGGCAGCAGCUGACGAAGAGAGUGUAACCAGCAUAACAAAAAAACAGAAGUGGACGGUAGAAGAAAGCGAGUGGAUCAAGGCUGGAGUGCAGAAAUACGGAGAAGGAAACUGGGCUGCCAUUUCUAAAAAUUACCCAUUUGUUAACCGAACAGCUGUAAUGAUUAAGGAUCGCUGGCGGACCAUGAAAAAACUUGGCAUGAACUGAAACAGGCUUUCAUUUCCACAGCAUUAACAGGAGCAUGGUUUCUAAUAAUAGCCCAAUAGUCUGCUGUUUCUUUUGGAAGCUGGGCUGGGAUGAGAAUUCUGGGAAACCUCCUUCUGUGUGAGGGAGGCCCCAGUUCCACUUCAGUGCUGUUGGAGAUCAUGGAGCUAAGAAGCAAAGCCAAGCCUACCCCAUGUCCUUGGCAGAGAAUACAGGCACAAAGCUUGUAUAUGCCAGAGUAUCAUUAAUAUUCCCCUCUUUAGUGGUUUGCUUGAAUUUAAAUCCCCAGUAAUCAGUAGAACCUUCUCCUAAGAAAUGGUGGAGUCUAUUAGGAGCCACAUGACUCCAUGACCUGUUAAAACCAGCAACACGAGCAUUUUUUGGAGUGAACUCGUUCCAGGUAAAACUUUGGCCUUCUGAAGCAAAUACAAAGGAACUUCGUUUGUCAUGAGCCCAGACUGAUGAGAGACCAGGCCUUGUGGAAUCAGGAGUCCCUUACAAACCAUUUAGCCAGCUGUGACAUCCACACCUAGACCUGACUGCCUUGGCAUUUGCUUUUAAUAUUUCCUGGGCUACAUAGGAAGGUUUAACCUUCACUUCCCAUGUGGUUGAACCAGUGUGUUUUUUGGUAAAAUGGUGAUUGUAGAUAAGCUUAGCUCCCUCUCUCUUCCCCCUAUCCUCCCUGACCAGUUCCCUUCCUUAUUGCUGGACUUAAAAACAACCUUGAUUGAAUAUAAAUGCCUAAUUCCAUUCUUUAUGAAAUGGUUACUUCUGCCUGAUUCCCUUAAUUGUGCUGUGUUAGUGUCUUGCACUGGAAUUCAACAUUCCCUUCUUUUUUUGUACUUUGUUGUGCUUGCUGUCUCUCUUGGACAUCCUUAAAGACUGUCUUUUUAGCAAAAAAAUUUCAGUAAAGUGUUUUCUGUAAUCUUUUUUUAAAAGAUGAGAAUUAUUGUCUAUAACUUGUAGCAUUGUUCAUUAAAGUCUUGCUUCUCUCA